AGUAAUCGAACAAAUGGGCUGGGCAAAAUAAUAGCCCAAAGCACUGUUGGCCCACUUGAAGAACCCUAAAAAGCCCUUUCCAAUCACCAAGUAUAAAUACUCUUAUUAUCGCCCGCAUUUCAUCUUUUUGAAGAGGACGCUAGGGUUUCUGCAACUUCACUGCAAUGGGUAAGGGAACAGGAAGUUUCGGUAAGAGAAGGAACAAGACACACACACUCUGUGUGAGAUGCGGCCGCCGUAGCUUCCAUCUCCAGAAGAGCCGUUGUUCUGCUUGUGCUUAUCCUGCUGCCCGUAAAAGAUCAUACAACUGGAGUGUGAAGGCAAUCCGCAGAAAGACAACUGGUACUGGCCGCAUGAGGUACCUUCGCAACGUCCCUCGCCGAUUUAAGACCAAUUUCAGAGAAGGGACUGAAGCAGCUCCAAGGAAGAAGGCUGCAGCAGCUUCUGCUUGAAGCCCUUGAAGAGAGUAAUUGAGGAGGGUACUUUUAAUGGUAGCUUCGCUUUGGUAUUCAAGUAUUAGAGAGCAAGGGAAUUUUGGGAAAGCUUAAGUAUUUAAGUUUUUGAAAUGUGUUGUUGAAAUUGUCAUUCGGAUACAGAUUUUAUAGGCUGCUUUCUAUUUUUGGUUUCUCUGAACGCCUUGUGUUUCAUUAAAUUGAGAAUUUAUGUUUUUUGAGCUCA